AUGAAGAUGGACGUGAUGGGAGAUGUGAUCAACAAGUCCAGGGACCGAAAGAUAAAGCUGAACCUGCAGGUACAGGAGGUUCAGCUCCAACUCCAAACGGAGAAAGACACCAACCAAUUCCUGAACAAGUCGCUGAAGGAGCUGAAGCAGGAGAGAGAAAAGGAAGAGAGGCCCGCCCUGAAGGAAAGAGAAGAAGAGCGCUUCCUGAAGUGGUUGGCCAUGGAGCUCAAGUUGGAGAAGAUGCGUCAGAAGUGGUUGGAGAAGCUGCUUUUCCGACUGCAGAGUGUAGUUUUGGCUGCACAUUUCCUGGGGAUUCCCAUGUGA